CAUAAAGGUUAGUGAGUGCAUUUUGUUCCGUUUAGCGUACAUGACAAGUACCGCGAUACCCCGAGGUUGCAGGCUAUAGUGUGAUAUAUUAUUGAAUAUGCCUUACGUUUUGAGACAGUCCAGAAUGAAUUUGUCGCUUAGUUUGUUUGCGGAAAUAUGUGCAUUCAACAGACCAUGCACGUUAUUUCGGUCGUGCAAUCCAUGCAAUUCCGCCUUUCGCAUAAUAUAUCCAGAUUUGACCUUUGGUGUCCUGGAAAGAGUUGGAAUUGGCACUGCCGGAAGUAGACGAAACAACGGAAACGGACAUUUUCAGCAGAAAACACAGAUUUCUGUAGCUUCAGGUAUUCUACCAGGAUCCGUUGUUAUAUUUCCAGUGCAUGUUUUUUUACUUGCUGACACAAAAUUUAUAAGUUCAAACUGUAUCAUAGAUGUAAAUUAUACUAACUAUAAAUUUUAAUAAUAAAAUACUGAAAAUUGGUUGUGUUUCCUCUGUAGCCUGCAUGGUAUAAUUGCCAAGAAACACAUGGAACUAUUCUAAGAUCACUGUGCUAUAAAUAUUAUGAUGCUUGUAUAGUAGUUGUCAGAGAUUGAAAGUCUUCACUGACAUAAUCGGAAAUCAGUUAAGGAAAGGCUUUGAAAUAUAGAAGAAAAAAACAGACAAUGGAAAUUUCCCUUGGAAGUAAUGAGAGCAUUGCAGAGAGGAGAACUGUUAUCUACAGCUUCAAAGAUCAACCGUUCAAGUCACCGGAAGAUCUACUGGAAAUAGUUGCAAAUCCUGAUCUUCAGAGAGUGAGCACAAAGCCACCUUACCGACCUAAAGCAGGAGAGGUAUAUGUCUACCACCAUGAACAGACUUACAUGGAUAAAAAAACUUGGGUCUAUGAUGGCUAUCGGUGGAGAAACAAUGGCAAGAAAAAGUACCCAAAGCCUUCACCCUUGUUCGAGAAAGUGUAUUUCACUAUUGACUGUGCAGAUGCAGAUAGUGUUGACUUCCGUCGCUGUGUCUAUAUCCCGAUCAACAAAGAACUGAAGUACAUGGUUGUGCAGUACUUUGGCGCUGCAUCUACUCCUGGCCUGUUUUCUUCUGUUGAAAGAAAUAAACUGUCAACUCGACCCAACACAUCUAGGUUCGAGUAUUUAGAAUCUGCGGACAGUGAUAACUCUUUAAUUAGUGACCAGAUGAACAUUUCUGCUUUCACAGCUAGAGAUGAGGGAAAUUUGAUGUCUCAGAUAGGAGACAUGUCUCUCCCAUCCACAUCAGGAAUGGUUAAGAAAUCAACAGUAUCGGUAAGCCUCAUUCCAAAUAACAACCGUUCUAUUGUUGACGACUCAAAUGGUGCUGAAGUGGACACAUGGGUAGAGAAAGAGGGUGAAAACAAUUUCAAAUUUAGCCAGAAAACAUUUACAGAUCUAAUGAAAAUAUGUUUUGAAAUGAGGAAUAAUGAUUAUUUUUGGUCCUUCAGCUCAGCUCCGGAAGUUAUUCUUCUAUUUGGGAGCUGUGACCUGUGUUCCGACCUCAAUGACUUCCUGUCAACACGGAAUGACACCAUACAGUGUCUGUCUUAUAGCACAUCACCGUGCCUUGAUGGAUUCUUCAUAUCAGUCUUGUCGCUUCAUCAUCCAAAGUUUAUUCUCGUGGAGUCAAGCAGGAGUCCACCUGUUAUUCCUCUAGUGUUCAUGAUCCACCAGGAUAAGACCCCUCUUAGUCAUACAAGUCUCUUCAAUCUGAUUGUGGAACAUCUUCCAGCUUUGAGGGUUGAAGCCAAUGAGCCAUCCCUUGCAAUAAUUCUUGACAAAGAUCCAAAUGUUAUGACUGUAGUUAAAAAGUGCCUUCCAAGCUGCAUCACCCUUCUUUCUCCUUCUUUCAUCAGACGAGAAGCUCAGUGCUGGCUGACUAAGAACAUGCACUCUAAGCGAACUGACCGCUACCUGACCGAUUUAGAGGAUCUGAUGAGGGUAAGCUCCAAGUCAGAAUUUGAAUCACUCCUUAACAGUCAUAAACACAACUGCAGUAGGUCUUGGCUGAAUUUCUUUGAUAGUCAGCUAAAGGAUGACAUGAUCAGCCACUGCAACAACUGGAUGAGGAUAAGAGAAGGUCAUUCACAAGGAGGUCCUUGAGGAAAACCAGUGCCCUCCCUUGGAACAGGUGUUAUAUGACCUUGAACUUUGCCAUGAGGCAACCAUGGAUGUCCUGAUCCAGGCCUUGUAUUUCCUUCACCAGUUUCUCAUGACAGAGCUGCAGAGAGGGAAAAGUGGAUUUGGCUUGUACAGGCUUCAUGAAAAUUAUAUUUCAGAGUUUGGACAUCCAGUUAUGGUGAAUUGUCAGUUUGUGGGGCAACCUUCUGAAAUAGUUCAGUUGGUAAUGAGUAGGAGGAAGAGUGCUUGUAGUAAGACCAAGGAAAGUGGCGCCACCUGUGAGGGUGAUCAAGGGGAGAUAAUGCCAAUCAAGCAAGAGCCAGCAGGGGAAGAGGAUACAAGUUAUCUUGUUUUCCGUGAAGGAAAUAUGGUCAUUGGAAAUGAAAAUGAAGAAGACAAUGGAGACAGUUGUCUGUGGGAAACAGUUGGUGCUCAACGUAAGAGGAAGUUCUCAUCUGACGAUGUUGGAGACUCAUGUACUGACAUCAAGAAACAGUCUAUUUCACAAUAGUGGAUGUUAUGUUAAGACUGUGUUCUAAAUAAUACCUAACCUUGUAUAUAUAUAUACAAGGACAGGGGUAUACAAGAUAAUAGAUGUUCACUGUGAGUUGCAUUCCUUAGCCAUGCCAGGAUCCAAGGAUCUCUGCUUCAGAUACAAGAUUGUCCCUGAUUUAGAGACUUAGUUUGUCAGCAUCACAUCUGUUGUUUGAGGAAUUAAUCUAUGACCUGCAUUACUUUUGCCUUUCAUCUCACAACACACAGUGAUGUGACUGUACGAUGCUGAAACAGUGUUAAUUGUGGUACAUUUCAGACUGUAUUAUAUUCAGUAGAUUUAGGUGUAAAUAUGUGGGCUUUCAUGUGCUUGCUAAGUUAACAAACUGAAAGGAUAUUUUACUGGACUUGGGUUUUGGACUAAACAUGCUGAGGUGCAGACUGCAACUCACAAUCUCAUGAAUGUUUAAAUAUUGCUGUAAUUGUUUGUAACUUAGAAGGGUUUCACGAACUAGGGAUGUAGUGUUACCAGUUUCUUAAUGUACUUAUCAAGUCAUAUGCCUGGUUCCAUUUCUCUCAUGAAUAAGAUGUGUGUAUCCUUUCUUGAUAGUUAUCGUUAAUAAAAUUUAUACAUUGACUAACAAGGCAAAAUGGGUCACUCAUAUCUAGUGAGGCUCUGUCAUAUUGGUUUUGUGCAAAAUGUGUGAUGAUGAUACAAGACACAGCAUACAUGAUGACAACCUCGAUUAUCAAGGGUAGUAUAUCCCCAUUCGCUACCAUAGCUUUUUUUGAGUGAUUAUGGUUUUAAAACGCUUUCAGCAAUAUUCAAGCUAUAUCACAGCAGGGGUCACUAGAAAUGGGCUUCACAUAUUGUGCCCGUGUGGGGAGUCGAACCCAGGGUCUCUGGCAUGACAAGUGAAAGCUUUAACCACUAGGCUACCCCACCGCUCAUGGACUGUUACCGCCUCCGUGGUCUAGUGGUAGAGCGUCCACC